GUUCCAGAGACCCCUCCUCCUGGGUAUCUGAGUGAGGAUGGAGAGGCUAGCGACCACCAUCUUAACAACCUGAUGAACACAGGCUCACCUAGUAACCUGUCACCAGAAUCAGCCUCACCAACACACAGCACUAACCUGGACCUACAGCCGGUAACGUACUGUGAGUCAGCGUUCUGGUGCUCUAUGUCCUAUUAUGAGUUGAACCAGCGUGUGGGCGAGACCUUCCAUGCCUCCCAGCCCUCUCUCACUGUCGACGGGUUUACAGACCCCUCCAACUCAGAACGCUUCUGUCUGGGACUACUGUCCAACGUCAACCGCAACGCUGCUGUGGAGCUCACACGCAGACACAUAGGCCGGGGUGUGAGGUUGUACUACAUCGGAGGAGAGGUGUUUGCAGAGUGUCUUAGUGACAGUGCCAUCUUUGUCCAGAGUCCCAACUGUAAUCAACACUAUGGCUGGCACCCUGCCACUGUCUGCAAGGUCCCUCCAGGCUGUAACCUGAAGAUAUUCAAUAACCAGGAGUUUGCAGCUCUGCUGGCCCAGUCGGUGAACCAGGGCUUUGAGGCCGUCUACCAGCUCACCAGGAUGUGUACCAUACGCAUGAGCUUUGUGAAGGGCUGGGGCACUGAGUACCGGCGACAGACCGUAACCAGCACCCCUUGUUGGAUUGAGCUGCACCUCAAUGGCCCUCUCCAGUGGCUGGAUAAAGUACUGACACAGAUGGGCUCCCCCAGCAUCCACUGUUCUAGUGUCUCCUAAAUACACACACACAGGUGCGCAGACAGAACAGUCAUUCUGGAAAAGUACCUUUUCUCUCAUGGCUAACUAGCAACUUGGAUGCAGUGAGCAGUGUUGGGAGUGAAAUCAUCUCAAGCUAAUGUGGUGAUACACAAAGCAACUCAAACAGCAUUGAAAAUGCAUCAAUUAUGUCCAACAACAAAAAUUCAUACAUCCACCAUUUGGCAUGUUGACAUGACAACUGCAUCUGAGUUUUACCCUCCUUUUGUUCCAUGCUGGCUGAAGACCUAGCUAGCCAGUCACUAGCUAACACCAGACAUAAAGACCUAGCUAGCCAGUCACUAGCUAACACCAGACAUAAAGACCUAGCUAGCCAGUCA